UGUAAAGCCAAGAACAUAUACUUAUCUUGUUGUAAAGCCAAGAACAUAUACUUAUCUUGUUGUAAAACAAAGAACAUAUACUUAUCUUGUUGUAAAACCAAGAACAUAUACUUAUCUUGUUGUAAAACCAAGAACAUAUUAUUAUCUUGUUGUAAAACCAAGAACAUAUACUUAUCUUGUUGUAAAACCAAGAACAUAUACUUAUCUUGUUGUAAAGCCAAGAACAUAUACUUAUCUUGUUGUAAAACCAAGAACAUAUACUUAUCUUUUUGUAAAGCCAAGAACAUAUACUUAUCUUGUUGUAAAACAAAGAACAUAUACUUAUCUUGUUGUAAAACCAAGAACAUAUACUUAUCUUGUUGUAAAACCAAGAACAUAUACUUAUCUUGUUGUAAAGCCAAGAACAUAUACUUAUCUUGUUGUAAAACCAAGAACAUAUACUUAUCUUGUUGUAAAACAAAGAACAUAUACUUAUCUUUUUGUAAAAGCAAGAACAUAUACUUAUCUUGUUGUAAAACCAAGAACAUAUACUUACCUUGUUGUAAAACCAAGAACAUUUACUUAUCUUGUUGUAAAACCAAGAACAUAUACUUAUCUUGUUGUAAAACCAAGAACAUAUACUUAUCUUGUUGUAAAACCAAGAACAUAUACUUAUCUUGUUGUAAAACCAAGAACAUAUACUUAUCUUGUUGUAAAACCAAGAACAUAUACUUAUCUUGUUGUAAAGCCAAGAACAUAUACUUAUCUUGUUGUAAAACCAAGAACAUAUACUUAUCUUGUUGUAAAACCAAGAACAUAUACUUAUCUUGA